AAAUUGAAAAUUUCAUUGUGGUGGAAUUUUUUUCAUGCUGUUUGGUGUAUUUUUUUUGACAAGUGUGUAGUUUUUUUGUUGCUUCUAUUUUGCGGAGAGACAUAGAACACUAUUUAAAAGAAUGAGUGAACAAUUUUAAAUCGAGUGCGUAAUUCGUUCAUUGUUACGACACUUUAAUGUACAUUUUUUUUUGUUCUCUCUGUUUGCUCUCGCCCGACGUCGUCAUCGCUGUUGUUUUUAUAACGAUUUUAAUUAGAUGUUAAGGUUCAUCUCAUUGAGUUAAUCAUGCAUUACGAUAAAAUGAAAAGUGACCGCAAAUGUUGUUGGGACAAUUUGCCAUAAUUUGAAUUGUGUUUUUAUCUGAAAAUUGUAUGACCGAGAAUUGUUUUUCCUUUCGCAUAAUUUCUUCGUCUCUCUUUCACGGGCAUAUGUAUGUGUAUGUAAGCCAAUUUAUGUGUUGACUCGAUGUGUUUUGGUAUAUUAUGUGACACAAAUCAAAUGGGCUAUGAACAAGGGGCCAAACAGCCAGCACCACAGUCACAUGUGUAAAGAGAGUGUAGUCAUUUUUGUUCCUCUUGCCACGGACAAUGUGAAUGCAAUUUUGCAAUACAUUCAGUGCUCUUUUUUUUCUGGUCUCGUGUUUGAGGUUCAUAUUUGAACGCAAAGAAUGUUGACAUUUAUCAUUUAUUCACGACACUGUAUAAUUUUAAAAAAAAAUCGCAUUUAACAGGAGAGGAAAAAAAAUAUAGAGAAUAAAGUGUGACAGAAAAAAGGCAUAGUCAUAGAUAGUGAAGAGAAGUGCAAUUUAAAUGAACAAAUGAAUUAAAACUGCCAAUUGCAAAUGUAAAUGACACCAAAGUCAUUGUGAUUCAGUACACAUACACAUAACAAUCAUUCAUAUUGUGACAAAAAAAGUGACGAGUAAGAAAGAUAGUAAGAAGGAAAGAAAGCAAAAAACAACAGCGCGCGACAAACACAUCGUACAAAUUCAAUUUUUAUGAAAUUCCUCUUGAUUUGAUUUUUUCGUCAUCACCGUUGUCAUCGACUUCCAAAUGUGAAUAUAUAAAACGGUUUGAAAUAGAGCCUAUUUCAUCGUAUACGUGCACAUUUUUCAUAGACACCAAGCGAUAAAAAAAAGUGAACGAGAGAAGAAAUUCAAGACCAGAAAAAACACAUUUACCGGAUCCGAUCGCAUUGUUAAUGAUUCUGUUUCGUUUGCGUGAAAUUUUAUCAUCAUGAUGAAGAGAAAUUUCCGAUUUUGGCAGUUUUAAUAAUCACUGAAUCGAAUCACAAUCGUACUAGAUAAAAUGAACAACAACAACAACAAUGUUACAUCGAAAAGAAUGUGUUUUAUCGAAUUGAAAAUUGCACACGAGCUAUAACAGCAAAAACAACAAUAAUCUACACACUUAUAUACAAGAGAACGCAACGCCACAACCGUUUUCUUCACUGAAUGGGAUACGUGUAUCAUCAAGCUCGUUUAUUCCUGUAUGACACAACUGGGCCAUAAAAUGCAAACAACAAUAGCAACAAAACAAAUCUAUUGAAUUUCUUGCUACUUUAUCAGUGGCAUAUUUAUUUCAAUCGUAAAUUGGAUAUAAUUUAGCAGAGCAUCUAUCAUCUCUUUUGCGCGCACACACACACACACAUAUACAGAGAGAGCGAGCGAAUUUUUCACUCUAAUAUACAAAUGCAUCAGAGAAAUGAACGUGUUUUUUUAUUAGAUGUCAAAUGAAGAGGAUUUAAAGGCAAAUGCGAUAUGUUUUCAAUUCAAUCGGUAGUUACGUCAAUUAUUUAUUACCAGAAACAAGAGAAAAUCUGACGUUAUUUACCCGGGAAUGUUUUUUUUUAAAUUCGAAACAAGACAAAAUAACGCUGAACAUCAACAAUAGCUGAAGCUACGACAGCAAUAGUAUAACGACGACAAACAAAACAAAAGAAGGAGUGUUAACACUGAAUAAAGUUGACGCAUAAAAAUCAAUUGAUCAAAAUCCAGAAGUAAGAAGAAAAAAACGCAUUAGUGCAGCAAUUGAGCGCGCGCUCGCUCGCUUAACACACACACACACAACGUACUCUGCGAAACAGAAGAAUACAGAAAGACAAAGGAAUCAUGGCAUCCGCUCACGGUUCAACUUCAAUGGCAAAUUCAAGCAAUUUGCUUAGCUCGGAUAUAUCACGGAGAAAUCCACAAGAUGAAUACGAAUUGAUUCAAAAGAUCGGCUCCGGCACUUAUGGUGAUGUCUACAAGGCAAAACGUAUCCAAAGCAAUGAGUUAGCAGCAAUAAAAGUAAUUAAAAUCGAGCCGGGUGAUGAUAUUCAAGUCAUACAACAGGAAAUAAUAAUGAUGCGAGAUUGUCGACAUCCGAAUAUAAUUGCCUAUUUUGGUUCAUAUUUACGACGUGGUAAAUUGUGGAUAUGCAUGGAAUACUGUGGUGGUGGCAGUUUACAAGAUAUUUAUCAAGUAACUGGUCCAUUAAAUGAACAACAAAUCGCAUAUAUGUGUAAAGAAACAUUGAAGGGUUUGGAAUAUUUGCAUUCGAAGAAUAAAAUGCAUCGCGAUAUUAAAGGUGCCAAUAUAUUGCUCACAGAAAAUGGUGAUGUUAAAUUAGCGGAUUUUGGUGUAUCAGCACAGAUAACAGCCACAAUCAAUAAACGACGAAGUUUCAUUGGAACGCCUUAUUGGAUGGCGCCAGAAGUAGCAGCCGUCGAACGAAAAGGUGGCUACAAUCAACUAUGUGAUAUUUGGGCGACUGGCAUAACGGCCAUUGAGUUGGCUGAACUGCAGCCGCCCAUGUUUGAUUUACAUCCGAUGCGUGCAUUGUUUUUAAUGUCAAAAAGUAGCUUUAAACCACCCACGCUUAAAGAAAAAGAGAAAUGGUCGCCAACAUUUCAUUCGUUUAUCAAAACAGCGCUAACAAAAAAUCCAAAAAAGCGACCAACCGCCGAAAAAUUACUAUCGCAUCCAUUUGUUAUGUGCGAUAUGUCGGUGCGCAUCGUUAAAGAACUAUUGCAAAAAUAUUUGAGCCCAAAUCAAUUUGAUUUUUAUUCGGAUGGCGAUGACGAUCUAUCCGGCAUACCGAACAAUGUACCGCAACGCAUUGCCAGCCGUGCAACGUCUAGUCGCAGCAAUGGAUUGGCGAAAAAUCAACAAAAUCACACCAUUAAAAAUGCUGCAUCAUCGUCGCAAUGGAGUAAUGGACGAUCAUCAAGUCCCGAAACAUUACCGAGUGAUAUGAGCCUCUUGCAAUAUAUCGAUGAGGAGCUUAAAUUAAGAGCUACACUACCCUUAACAACUGACACCAAAGAAUUGUCCGAUUGUAUGUGUCCACAUUUGUCGAAUUUGAAUCACAACAAUGGCAGUGAACUGAAUGCACCGAAUAUUGUAACUGAUCUGAGUAACAUUUCCCAUCAAGGCUAUGAUGUGACCGAAUUACGGCGCUUUGAUAUAACAUCGCCAAUAACCAGCAAUAAUGCAAAUAGCAAUAGAAAUGGUGAUGUGAUAAAUUCAACGAUAAUAACAACUGGAAUAACCGCAGCUAUAACAACAACGACACCAUUAGCACCACCAACAUCGAUAACAACGGCAACAAAUACAUCGCCAACCGAUGAAUCGAGGGUGCGUCACAGUUCAAUGGAUCGCUUAAUGAGCCUAUUCAAUGAUCUGGGCAAUUCAACACGAACGCGUAGCUUAAGCGAUGGAGGUCAUGAAGAAGAAGGUGAAAAGGAGAUUCAACCGGAUAUUUUGAAUAAUACACCACCAGUGCCUCCGAAGCGAAUGCAUCGACGAAGGCAAACACCACCGCGUCCUAUUUCAAAUGGUUUACCGCCAACGCCCAAAGUGCAUAUGGGCGCAUGUUUUUCGAAAAUUUUCAACGGUUGUCCACUUACCAUACAUUGUACCGCAUCAUGGAUUCAUCCGGAAACAAAAGAUCAACAUUUAUUGAUUGGUGCCGAAGAAGGCAUUUUCAAUUUAAAUAUGAAUGAAUUACAUGAUGCAGCCAUUGAUCAAUUAUUUCCACGACGAACCACAUGGUUGUAUGUUAUUAAAGAUGUGCUUAUGAGUUUAUCGGGAAAAAGUUCACAACUAUAUCGACAUGAUUUGAUUGCAUUGCACUCCAAAGAUGCCAACCGUUUUUCGGUGCAUAUGAAUCGAAUUCCCGAACGUUUAGUACCGAAAAAAUUUGCGCUCACCACUAAAGUACCAGAUACAAAGGGCUGUACACAAUGCUGUGUGAUUCGAAAUCCAUACAAUGGAUACAAAUAUUUAUGCGGUGCAUUGGCAUCGGGUAUAUUUCUCAUGCAAUGGUAUGAUCCAUUGAAUAAAUUUAUGCUGUUAAAACAUUGCGAAUGGCCAUCAUUAGCGGUUAAUAUUAGCGGAGUAAAUCCGGCAAUCAAUGGUGGCAUCACCAAUGUAUUCGAAAUGAUUAUCACACCCGAACUAGAAUAUCCAAUUGUUUGUACCGGCGUGAAGAGGGGGCUGGGCGAAUGCGUUAAACUUGACCUCAUCAAUAUGAACAGUGGUGCCAGUUGGUUUCAUUCCGAUGAAUUAGAAAUCGAUCGAACAGCAACAAUGGUUCCGAGACGUGAACCAAUUAAAGUGACAAAGGUAUUUCAGGUCGACAAAGAUGCAAUACUGAUUUGCUAUGGUAGAACUUUGAAAAUUGUUACCAUGGAAGGAAAUCCACGACAAAGUAGAAAAUUAGUAUCAUAUUUAGAGUUUGACUUUACCAUUGAAAGUAUUGUUUGUUUACCGGAUAGCAUUUUAGCAUUCCAUAAGCAUGGUAUGCAAGGAAGAUCAUUGAAAAAUGGCGAAAUAACGCAGGAGAUAACCGAUCAGAGUCGAACGUAUCGACUCCUCGGAAGUGAUAAGGUUGUGGCAUUGGAAAGUCAUGUGGUGCGAGCAGGAUCAUUGACACAAGAAGAGGGUCAUGAUUUGCAUAUCUUGGCCGGCCACGAGGCAAGUUACUAGGCAAUUUCAAUCAGUAUUCAUCGCACAAAACUACACAAAAACAAAAAUCAAUAGUUUCCUGCCUGUCUGUGAACGGACAACAUGGAAUGCAACGCCCGAUGACCGAAAAUAUAAUCCAUAUUUGAUUGAAAUGAUUCGUGUAAGUGCAGCUGCUCCAGUGUAAACAAGAAAAAGAACUGUGUAUAGUAUUAAAGAUGAAAAAUAGAAAAAGAUUACAUAGUGGCAUAAAUAAAUUCUGUUUGCAAUCCAUACGUCGUAAUUUAUUACGCAUUCGAAUAGUGCGUUUGAUGAUUAUAGUAUUUUCGCAGAAUGUAGUUAACGAAUUUCAAUAUAGCGCUAUACAAAAGAAAACCCCUACACACCAUUUGAUUGUUGCACUGAGAGAAAAACUAAACAGAAAAAUUGUAUAAAUUUUUUCUUUGUGAAAAAAAGAAAAGAAUGAUUGGUAUUUUAAUUUAUUUCACAUGAUUUAAAAUCAAAAUUUAUUUGUAGUUUUAAUUUCUUUUUUUGUUUCGUAUUUACUGAAUGAAGCAGCCAGAAUAUAGAAUCGUGUAUAAAAUCUAAAUGUAAAUAUCGAAAUAAGUGCGAAGUCAUUUGUCCAUUUUAUUUGUAUGAUUUUUGUUUUGUCUCCAAUUUUCUUUGUUUUCUGUGAAUGUUACAUGGAAAUCAAACGGGUCUUUAAUUUCCAAUGUGAAAAUGAUUGUGAGCGAAUCGUUCAAUUGAAUCAAGAACCAUAUUUGUUUUCUUUUUUAAACAUUUUUUUUAAACCGAAAUUUCAAACGAUUGAAAUUAUGACAAUUCAAUGCCAGUUUAUUUGAAUUAACGUAUUAGAUUUCUUCUUUUAAAUCGAGCCCCGCUACAUUCCACCGUGAAAAAAAAGUACAGCAAAAACACAUUUCAAGCCAAUCCCCUAUUGGGAGAUAAUACAGAAUAGCAAUAAAUCCAACAACGAACAUUUUUUCACACCACAUAUAGCACAAUUUAUAGACAGAAUAAACGUUCGUACAGGAUUUUAAGUCGUUUUCAUUUUGUUUUCCUCAUUUUUGCGCUCUGUUUGACACUUUUUUUACAUUAUAGUAUUGAUAUGAACGUAUUAGCUUUCGAUUUCAUGUGAGAGAUAUAAAACAAAGUGUACCUAUUUUAGAAGGUUAAUUAAUUUAGAAGGUUAAUAUAUCACUUAAAUUAGUUUUGAGAAGAAGAAAAAAACGACGAGAAAAUACAGUUGAAAUAGUAAAAAUGAGAAGACACUCACUGAGUUGGACGACAUCAUUUUAAGAUGCAAAGUGACAAAAAAAAAA